AUUUUAUGCAUUUAUAAAAUUGAAAUUAAAAUUUUGAUUAUAUAUAAUUAAUUCACAUAAAAUCAUAAUAAUAUUCAGACAACAUGGUAGAUUUUACUGGCAAAUACACGCUCACCUCGUCAGAUAACUUCGAAGCCGUACUCGAGUAUCGAGGCGCGCCCAAAGAGUUUAUAGCGAAUGUGAAAAACCAGAGCCAGGAGUUGGAGAUCAGCAAAACGGGCGAUGAAUACAGCAUGAAAUCAAUUACGGGUACCAAUCAAGUACAGGAGUCCAAAUAUGUGCUAGGUCACGAGCACAGGGAAACAAUGCCAGAUGGUGGCACCCAGGCUUCUCUAGUGGUGUCCGACGGCCCCAACCGUCACAUUCAUACCGUAGGUGUCGGUGAAAAACAGUUGACAGCUGUGUAUGAGUUAAAUGAUAACGAACUCCGGGUGACCAUCACUGCGGGUCCGGUGGUUGCUGUCCAUCAAGAUGGCACGCUUGAAGUUGGUAUAGGCAGGUCGUAUGAUUGGCUGCUGGCCAUAAAAGAUUUCACGGUUAGGCCGACAGACAUAUGGCUCUGCGGUUAUCACAAAUCGGGCAACACUUGGCUCUCGGAAAUGGUGUCCCUAAUAAUGGCCGACGGAGUGGUCGAUAGAGUCCGGGAGCGACCGAUUGAGGAGAGAGUGCCCAAUGUUUUUCUCAAUUAUGAGUUCAACAAUCAAUUGCAAUGGUUUGAGUCAAUACCGGUGCCCAGAAUUAUUAACAGUCAUUUGCAGUACAAACUUAUGCCCAGUUUUAAGUCCACAAAUUGCAAAGUAUUUAACGGCGAUUGGUGUCAACACGUGAACGACUAUUGGCUGAGUUAUGGGUCGGGAAAACAGCCGAACGUACUGUUCGUGGCGUACGAAGAGUUGGUGGCAAACGCGGCGACAAUGGUCCGCACGAUCGCCCACUUUCUCGGCAAACAGUUUGCCGACAAAACGGUGGACACAAUUGUCAGCCACUGUUCGCUGGACACAAUGCGAGACAAUCCGAUGGCAAAUAGGGCUGAGCUGUUGACCACUUGUGGGACUCCCGGCGCCCGCUUUGUCCGUAAGGGUGUUGUCGGCGAUUGGCGUUCAAACAUGACUGACGUAGAGUCGGCCCGUUUUGAUAGACGCUAUGCCCAGCGUUUGGCGGCGAUUGGGCUCCGGGUGUGCGACGAUAUGGCCGACGCCCAGCGCUAG